AUGUUCUCUACUAAACAGAUGCGCGUUGCGCAGUCAAAGAUUCGGAGAAAGAAGAAUGUCAAGAAGGGUAUCCAGUUCUCCAUGAUGGUGUGUGGCGCAUCAGGCACUGGACGAACCACAUUUGUCAAUACCCUCUGUGGCAGAAGAGUCCUCCAACCCAAAGACGCCGAUGAUGCAGCCAACGCACACCUGGAGGAAGGUGUAAGGAUCAAGCCUGUCACAGUUGAGCUUGAACUGGACGAGGAAGGCACACGUGUCUCAUUGACCAUUGUCGACACUCCCGGGUUUGGCGAUUCCAUCGAUAACGAAGCCUCAUUCGGCGAAAUUGUCGGUUACCUCGAGAGACAAUACGAUGACAUCCUUGCCGAAGAAUCUCGUAUCAAGCGUAAUCCUCGAUUCCGCGACAAUCGCGUGCACGCCCUCCUCUACUUCAUCACCCCCACGGGACACGGUCUCCGAGAACUGGACAUUGAAUUGAUGAAACGAUUGUCACCACGUGUCAAUGUCAUUCCCGUUAUUGGCAAGGCCGAUUCCUUAACCCCUGCCGAACUGGCCGAGUCCAAGAAAUUAGUCAUGGAAGAUAUUGAACAUUACCGCAUCCCGGUCUACAAUUUCCCCUAUGAUAUCGAAGAAGAUGACGAAGAUACGGUCGAGGAGAAUGCAGAACUACGAGGGUUGAUGCCAUUUGCCAUUGUUGGAUCGGAAGAUGUGAUUGAGAAUGGUGGACGACGUGUUAGAGCCCGACAGUACCCUUGGGGUAUUGUUGAGGUGGACAAUCCUCGUCACUCGGACUUCCUGGCUAUUCGCAGUGCCCUUCUUCAUUCCCACCUUGCAGAUCUGAAGGAAAUUACACACGACUUUCUGUAUGAAAACUAUCGAACGGAGAAACUCAGCAAGAGUGUGGAUGGUGGUGUAUCUGGCCAAGAUUCGUCGAUCAACCCAGAAGACCUCGCCAACCAGUCAGUGCGUCUGAAGGAGGAACAACUUCGUCGUGAAGAGGAGAAGCUUCGAGAAAUUGAAGUCAAGGUGCAACGAGAGAUCAAUGAGAAACGACAAGAACUGCUUGCACGAGAAAGCCAACUGCGUGAAAUUGAAGCCCGCAUGCAAAGAGAACAAAGUCAAGGGAUGGAAGACCUGAAUGGUCAUGGACAUCACCAGCAGGAGUAA